AUGCGUGACCUACGUGAACUGUACAAGCUGGAAAGCAACCUGUGUCGUACUUUUGAAACAGUGCGUCAUUUCAUCGCGAAUGCAAACUCAAGUGUCAUUACCAGUGAACUGAUCGGUGUACGUCUAGAACGGCUAGAAGAUGCGUUCAAGCAGUUCCAGCUAGUGCGUACGGAAAUUGAGCUGCAGACCGACGCCGAAGUGACCGGUGUUGAUGAUCCUGAGCAGGAGCUGGCGCUGAUGAACGCACGGGCCGACGAAGAUGCGAGCAUUGCGAUGGAGAAGGAAAACGAUUUUUGCAACCUCAAAGGUGAACUACUCCGCCUUCUGUCUUUAACAAGUGGAUCAGAUCAUGUAGCGAAGAAAUCAAGCACAAGCAUUAGUGAACCUUUAGAAACAACAGCGAGUUUGGCGAGGGUUAAAUUGCCUGAAAUACGUCUGCCAACCUUCAAUGGAGACAUCAACUUUUGGGUAACAUUCAGAGAUUCGUUCCACAGUCUUAUACAUUCGAGCGAUCAGCUGACGGCGAUGGAUAAGUUUUUCUACCUCCGCUCCGCCCUCACAGGAGAAGCUUUGCAGGAGGUUAGCUCAGUCGAGAUGACUGCAGCUAACUACGACGUGGCAUGGGCUGCAUUGAAAAGGCGAUACGAAAAUCGUAAGCUUAUCGUUAAAAAUUACAUUAAUGCACUUUUCAACGUUGAAGUAAUUCGGAAAGAAAGCUACGAUGGGUAA